UGUUUGAGAAAAACCCUUAAAUCCCUAAAACUUUUCCCAAAUACACAAAACCUAAAAGUUCUCUCGCCUUCCCCAAACCACUCUUUGAUUUCCUUUCCUUUAUGGAGGUUGAAGUUAUGGAUCCUUCACUCUCAAGGUAGAGUGGCUUCUCUUCCCCUUUUAUGCUUGUGAGUUGGUGGUGGUAAAGUUCCCUUCUUUGGCUCAAGUUUCUACCCUUCUCUUCUCUCCCUAAGAAACUAAGCUUGAAGACAUUAUCGAAAGAAGUAGAGACAAGGUAGAGAAGAAUAAUGGUAGGAGAAGAGGCAAAAAAUAUUAGUGUCACUGAAGGAAAAGAUUUGAUCAGCGCUCUUCCCGAUCCACUCGUUGGAGCUAUCAUUUCUCUCCUUCCUAACACUGAAGGUGUAAGAACCUGUGUUUUUUCCAAGCGAUGGAAAAAGGCGUGGAUGCAUAUGUCACAUCUUAACAUUGAUCAGGUCCAAAUGAUGAAACCUUUUAUCCAAGCUAAUCUCUGUGGGGUACACCAUAAGAGGUGUGUUGAUGUGCCUUUUCAACAUCAAAGGGUAGAUCCCAACGAAAAUUAUGACUUGGAUGUAAUUGAUAAAACAGAAAGAUUGAUUAUCUCAGUGUUGAAUUCACACUCUCAUCCCUUGGAAAGUUGCAAUAUUCGACACCUACCCGAAAGUUGUGCGAGUGGUAAUGUUGUUUUGUUGAUGAAGAAGCUUCUCAAGGAAAAAAAUUUGAAAAAACUUUCCAUGGAGCAAACUGAUCCUAUUCAUUGGGACAUCUUGCAAAAUGCUCCACAAGGUGUGAAAUACCAUGAAAUGACUAUAGAUUUGCCUUUUGAGAUUUUCUCAAGUUUUGAGGAACUUGAGUUGAAGAACUAUUACCUCAAGACAAAACCAUCAAGUGGUGAUUUUGCUCAAGUUCUAAAAAAAUUGACCUUUAAGAAUAUGAUGGUUGAUAAAGAUGAUUGGGAAGGAAUUAUGUCUUAUUGCUUGUGUCUCGAAAAUUUAACCAUUGAUAAUUGUAUGAUGGAAAUUAUUAAGAUAAAUAACCCAAGACUCAAGUUUUUAAGAAUUUGUAGAAUGGAGGUGAUUAAGAUUGAUGUCUCUGCUAUUAACCUUGAGAUCAUUGAGAUUGAUACUGUUGUUUGUAAGCCUCAAAAGGUUACUUUUGAGACCCCAAAAGUUCAUUUCCUUCGUUCUUGUUUUGAUGCAAUUGGAGGGCAAAAUGAUUGCUGGGUUCGAAGCAAGCUUUUGCAAUCAGAAAAUAUUCUACAUGCUUGCUGUAGCAAUAAGAUACCUCAAGGUUCAACUUCAAGUUUUGCCAAUAUAUUUGAGAACCUUGCUACGUUAUGCAUUGGUUUAGAUUUGGAGAAGUUUAAUAAUGCCAUGUCUCUCUACUCAACUCUGAAGUCAUGCCCUAUGUUGCAAACUCUUGAAAUUAAUAUUCAGGCUGAUGAUGAUGCAUGGGAUUAUCAUGGUGAUGAAGAUGAGGAGGAGGCUGAUGGUGAUGCAAGGGAUUAUGAUGGUGAUGAACAUAAUGAGGAGGGUUAUUUUCCUUACCCUAAAAUCUUCUUUUGGAUGAACAUGGACCCCUGUGAUUGUAUAAAUCACAAACUAAAGACCCUUAGCAUAAAGGGAUUUGCAGGAGAAGAACUUGAGGUGGAGUUUCUUAAAUACAUAAUAACAACAGCUAAAGUGAUGAAGAAAAUUACUAUUUGGUUUGUUGAUAAUUGUUCAUGGGCACAAGCCACUAAAACAAGGUGUUUGAUGUCAUUUAAGAGUAUCUCUCCGAACUUGUCCAUCAUUCUCAAUCCUGGGCCAAUAUACAUGGCAAAUGGGGACGGAAACUUUGAAACAUGGAUGUCUACUCUAAGAAACUAGUAAUGUUACUAGUGACCAUGACCAAACUAUGUUUUAGAUUCUAUUUAUUAGUUUUGAACCUUAAAUCGCACAUUUCUAGUCAUGUUUCUAGUGACCAUGAACCAAACUAUGUUUAUUACAUUGCAAACUAAGGGUUGUGUUUACUGGUAAUUUAGUUUUGUAUGAUUUCAUAUAUUUUUAUUGAUUAAUUUUAUGCAUAUUUAUUAUUUAAA